UGGUUUUGUACGGUACAGUAUAUGAAUCCUAACGUGAGCAAUAAUAGAGCCGCUCAGACGUUCACAUCGCUGUCUGCUGGGUUGGGUAUUGAUUUUUUAUCGGAGGUUUUUUAUGGAUUGAAUGAGGAACAUCAACUGCGCAAGUCAUAUGGUACAAUAGUAGAAACCGCCUUAUAAUCUUCUCUACCAAAGGAGAUAUCUGCGUUUGGGAUUUUGGGGAACAUUUGAACCUUUCCGACCUUCAGCAGAAGGUUCACGACUUUUUAUCCUCCGUACAAGGACCACGCAAAAAUGGGAAGCUUAUUUCGAAGUCAGGAAAUGACUUUGUGUCAGCUCUUCCUGCAGUCGGAAGCAGCAUAUGCGUGCGUGUCGGAGUUGGGCGAGCUGGGCUUGGUCCAGUUCCGCGAUUUGAAUCCCGACGUGAAUGCAUUCCAGCGGAAGUUCGUUAACGAAAUUCGUCGCUGCGACGAAAUGGAACGUAUUUUGCGAUUUUUGGAUAAGGAAGUCCGCAAAGACGGCAUUCCGAUUCUGGAGACUGGAGAGAAUCCAGAAGCGCCACAGCCGAGGGAAAUGAUUGAUUUAGAAGCGACGUUUGAAAAGCUCGAAAACGAAAUGAAGGAAAUCAAUGCCAAUUCGGAAGCGCUGAAACGUAAUUAUUUGGAGCUUACGGAACUGAAACAUAUUCUUCGCAAGACCCAGAAUUUCUUUGAUGAGAUGCAGCAAGAUACUAACCCUAUGCGACCAGACGAGCAUGCUGGUCUGCUGCAGCCUGCUGAGGGACCGACGGAAGUCAGCAGCCAUGCUGCUUUAAAAUUAGGUUUUGUGGCUGGAGUUAUUUUGCGUGAACGGAUACCAGCGUUCGAACGGAUGUUGUGGCGAGUCUGUCGGGGUAACGUUUUCCUUCGACAUACCGAAAUCGAAGCACCACUAGAAGAUCCUCACACUGGCAAUGAAGUGUUCAAGUCUGUGUUUAUCAUUUUCUUCCAAGGCGACCAACUGAAGAAUCGCGUUAAGAAAAUUUGCGAAGCUUUCCGCGCAACAUUGUACCCAUGUCCAGAAACUCCCGCAGAGCGUCGCGAAAUGGCAUUUGGUGUUAUGACUCGAAUUGAGGACUUGACAACGGUGUUGGGUCAAACUCAAGAUCAUCGUCAUCGAGUGCUCGUGGCAGCCGCUAAGAACAUCAAUAUGUGGUUCAUUAAAGUCCAUAAGAUCAAAGCGAUCUACCAUACUUUGAAUUUUUUCAAUUUGGAUGUGACCCAGAAAUGUCUGAUCGGGGAAUGUUGGUGUCCGGUGGCCGAUUUGGAUCGUAUCCGAUUGGCAUUGCGUCGUGGCACGGAAUUGAGUGGUGCAACAGUUCCGUCAAUUCUUAAUCGAAUGGAUACUUCUGAAGUUCCACCAACUUAUCACAAGACGGAUAAAUUCACAUCUGGAUAUCAGAAUAUCGUGGAUGCGUACGGUAUUGCUAACUAUCGGGAGGUUAAUCCGGCCCCUUUCACGGUCAUCACCUUCCCAUUUUUGUUUGCGGUCAUGUUCGGUGACACGGGUCAUGGUGCUGUAAUGGCGGCACUUGCAUUCUUUUUGGUGUGGAAAGAAAAUUGGAUCAUGACUCGGAGAAUUGAAGGCGAGAUUUUUGGAACCAUUUUUGGAGGACGGUAUAUUAUCUUUAUGAUGGGAUUAUUCAGUAUUUACACUGGUAUAAUCUAUAAUGACAUAUUCAGCAAAUCCUUCAAUAUUUUUGGAAGUCGAUGGACAGCCAAUAGGUCUAUUUACCAGUAACUACGGAAAGACCAUGUCCCAGCGGAGGCCGAUUACUGGCAAUUGGAUCCGAUUUUGGACUACAAGAACGCUAGCGGUCCAUAUCCGUUCGGCAUCGACCCAAUUUGGGCUUUGGCUUCCAAUAAAAUCUCCUUCAUCAAUUCGUUCAAAAUGAAGAUGUCGGUUAUUUUGGGCGUUAUGCAGAUGAUGUUCGGAAUUGUUCUUAGCUGUUUCAACCAUGUAUUCUUCGGGAAAAUGUUGAAUGUGUUCUGUGAAUUCAUUCCCCAAGUCUUAUUCUUGAUGUGCUUAUUUGGGUACCUGGUUGUCCUGAUCUUUUACAAAUGGGUCAAUUUCACUGCCUAUGAAUCAGGAUGUGCACCGAGCUUGCUGAUUGGGUUGAUCAAUAUGUUUUUACUAAAAUAUCAGCCAAAUCCUCCUCCUGAUGGGUCUGGACGGCCAUGCCUGAAGAACAUAAUUUAUAGUUCGCAGCAAAGCUUCCAAACAUUUCUGGUCUUACUUGCUCUGAUUUGUGUGCCAUGGAUGUUAUGCAUCAAACCAUUUAUUAUGUAUCGGCGCUUUAAAAGAACGCAAGCCGCAAUGCCCUUGAAUAAUGUGGCUGAUGAUAGCAACCACACUGACCACAAAGAACAUCAUGGUGGUGGCGGUGGACAUGACGAUCAUGGCGAGGGAAGCGGAACGUUUGAUACCGGCAAUGUGAUAAUCUACCAGGCGAUUCAUACCAUAGAAUUCUGCUUGGGUAUCAUCAGUAAUACGGCUUCUUAUCUGCGUUUGUGGGCGCUCAGCUUGGCUCAUGCCCAGCUCUCGGAAGUGUUGUGGACGAUGGUGAUGAAAUUUUCGUUUAGCAUGGAUGGAUGGGGCGGAAUACCAUUAUUGUUUUUCCUCUUCGGGGCGUGGGCUGGAUUGACUCUGGCUAUUUUGGUUAUGAUGGAAGGGAUGAGUGCGUUUUUGCAUGCACUGCGUCUCCAUUGGGUGGAAUUUCAGAACAAAUUCUACGGUGGACAAGGCUAUGCUUUCACGCCUUUCUCAUUCUCCAAUAUGCUGGAUGUUAAUAAGCCAGCUAACGAAGACUAGUUUUACGUACUGAGUUGAAACUGCAGUAUCUUUGCAGUACAAGGCUUGGUUUGUUUGUAAUAUUUCUUUUGCUUUGAUAAUCUCGCUAAAUUAUUUACGUGGUUAGUGCUGUAGAUGUUUUAAAUGUUACUAACGUAAGAAGUGUUGUCGUAUUUAGAUACUCCGUAUUCAUCUCGUUGCUCCGGAUAGAUAUAAUUGUGCAUUCCUGCUUGUGAAUAACGUUUUAGCAAACCUGAGCAUUGACGCUUCACCAGAGACACGCCUACUUACUCUAAAAAUUUAAAGGAAGAACACUAAUUUUAUUUUCGAGUCUGUUGAUCCACUCAACUAAAUAUUUAAGUACAGAUAUAUGACAUGAAAAGCUUCGACAUGA